AUGGAGCAGGAUGUGGAGAGCCCCAUCACUAUCAGACAGCCGAAGCUGCCUAAGCAAGCUCGUGAGGACAUUCCCAAACAGCUGGUGGACAAAGAGACAUCUAAGAGAAAGAUACAGAGGUACGUUCGCAAGGACGGAAAGUGCAACGUGCACCACGGGAAUGUACGCGAGACCUACCGUUACCUAACAGACAUUUUCACUACGCUGGUCGACCUGAAAUGGAGGUUUAACCUCUUCAUCUUUGUCUUGGUUUAUACUGUAACGUGGCUCUUCUUUGGAUUCAUGUGGUGGCUAAUAGCCUACAUAAGAGGCGACCUGGACCAUAUAGGGGACGACAAAUGGACUCCGUGCGUCAACAACCUCAACGGAUUUGUCUCCGCUUUCUUGUUCUCGAUAGAGACAGAAACAACCAUUGGGUACGGCUACAGGGUCAUCACAGACAAAUGUCCAGAGGGUAUUGUCCUGCUCUUAGUGCAGUCCGUUUUGGGAUCCAUUGUCAAUGCCUUCAUGGUAGGAUGUAUGUUUGUGAAGAUCUCACAGCCCAAGAAGAGGGCAGAGACGCUGGUGUUCUCCACCAACGCUGUCAUAUCUAUGAGAGACGGCCGGCUGUGCCUGAUGUUCCGUGUCGGGGACCUCCGUAACUCGCACAUUGUGGAGGCGUCCAUCCGAGCCAAGCUGAUCAAGUCCAAGCAGACCAAGGAAGGGGAAUUCAUCCCUUUAAAUCAAACAGACAUUAAUGUGGGUUACGACACUGGAGAUGACAGGCUCUUCCUGGUGUCGCCACUCAUCAUCUGCCAUGAGAUCAACCAGCACAGCCCAUUCUGGGAGAUCUCCAAAGCCAGCCUGGCCAAGGAGGAGCUGGAGAUCGUGGUCAUUCUGGAAGGCAUGGUAGAAGCCACAGGGAUGACGUGCCAGGCCAGGAGUUCGUACGUGACAAGCGAGAUCAAGUGGGGCUACCGCUUCACGCCCGUACUGACUCUGGAGGACGGUUUUUACGAGGUGGACUACAACAGCUUCCACGAGAUCUACGAGACCAACACGCCCAGCUGCAGCGCGAAGGAACUCGCCGAAAUGACCUCCCGAUCCCGGCUUCCCCUCACGUGGUCGGUGGCCAGCAAACUGAGCCAGCAGGGUAUCCUGGACGCGGAGGACGAGGCGCAGGAGAAAAACAAGGACCAGGCGGAGAGAAACGGUGACAUUGCCAACAUGGAGAACGAGUCCAAAGUGUAG